CUUAGUUUACAGCUUUUGCACAAAUAAUCUGCUGAGAAGUACAUGGUUUUAAAAAGACUUCGUGUGUGUGUGAUCGUGUUGCUUUUUUCUGGUCGAAUGACUGCUGUUCUUAUACAGCACUGAGGCUGCGACCCUAUCUUUCUUUGGGCAGUGUACAGAAAUACAAGUCCCAGAGUACAAUGCAUACCUGCUGACGUCAUGGACAAUUAUGCGAUUGUGCGAAAAAUUGGAGAGGGGUCUUUUGGGAAAGCAUUUUUAGUCACGGCUAAAGACGACAGCAGCAAGCAAUGCGUGAUAAAGGAGGUCACUUUCAGAAAGAUGUCUGCUAAGGAAAGAGAUAUGUCUCGAAAAGAAGCAGCUCUUCUCUCCAAGAUGAAACAUCCAAAUAUUGUUGCGUUUCUAAAAUCAUUUGAGGAGAGGUUAAAUCUGUAUAUUGUGAUGGAAUAUUGUGAUGGAGGGGAUUUGAUGAAGAGGAUAAACAUGCAGAGGGGUGUCCUGUUUAUGGAGAAUCAGGUAGUGGACUGGUUUGUACAGAUCUGUCUGGGGCUGAAACACAUCCAUGACAGGAAGAUCCUGCACAGAGACAUAAAAUCCCAGAACAUAUUCCUUACCAAUAAUGGGAUGAAAGUAAAGCUGGGUGACUUUGGAACUGCAAGAAUGUUAAACAACACCAUGGAGCUGGCCAGGACAUGUAUAGGAACUCCCUACUAUUUGUCCCCGGAGAUCUGCGAGAACAGGCCGUACAACAAUAAGACGGAUAUCUGGUCUCUGGGCUGCGUUCUGUAUGAGCUAUGCACUCUGAAACACCCUUUUGAGGGCAGCAGCCUCCGGCAGCUGGUUGUGAAGAUCUGCAGGGGGCGCUGUAACCCUGUUGCUCCCCACUACUCCUCCGACCUCCGCAGCCUGAUCACCCAGCUUUUCAAGGUCACCCCGCGUGACAGGCCUUCCAUCAGCUCCAUCCUCCACAAGCCCUUCCUGGAGCAGCGCAUCACAAAACACCUGGACCCCCAGAUGAUUAAAGACGAGUUUAGUCACACCGUGCUCCACAGAGAGAGAGUCUCAAGACCCCAGUCUCGCCCUGCAGACAGAGACGUGAAGCUCCGGGUUCGUGAGAGGCCCGCUCCGGGCCUGAAGCCGGGGGCCGCAGGGAGGAAGCUGCCCCCGAGGCCGGCGUGGAAAAGCCCCUCCAAUGUCCUCGCUCCGCAGCGCCGGCCAGUUACCCAGAGAGCAGCAGCGAUGGAGACCCCAGCGGUCAGGCACCACGGUCAGUAUGUCUACCGUCGCUGGAACGGGCCUCCGGCCAAUCAGGGCAACCUGCCGUACGAUCACUACCAACACUACCACGCCCAGCUGGAUGCCCUUCAGCGGAAACACCAGGAGGAGGCGCCUGCUCCUAGUCCUCCUCCUGCUCCUCCUGUACCUCCUGCUCCUCCCUUUCCUCCGCACCAGCCGCUAAAUCACCAGAUGCCCAAGAAUUGCCACGAUGACAGAGAAAGUGUUCUGGAACCCUACCAGAUGGUAGCGGCAGCCUGGGACGAGUAUCUGCAGAGGAAACAGGAGGCCAACCAGUACAAACUGAGGGCUGAGAAACAGCUGGGCCUCCGUCCCUCCACUGCGGAGCGCUACAGACUGCCGGAGCGGGAGCGGGAAGAGGACGGUCACCAUGGCGCUCCUGGUGGGAGGCAGGGAGAGCAGCAGGAAUACCUGCGGCAGCUGCAGCUAAUCCGUCAGCAGUAUCACCACGAGCUCAAGGACAUGAAGAUGAAGGCAGCAGCAGAGCCUCACAUUCAGGACAAAGCCAAGACUUUCGUGGUGGAUGAGCCCUCAAACCCCAAGGAGAGCGCAGCACAGCACAGCUACGAGAACCGUGAGAGGAACACACCUGCACAGGAUGUGGACAGAGACCUCAGGAAAAUCCGAGAACAGAACAGAAAAGAGAGGAAGGCCCUGGAGAAGAAGUUUAAAGACAAGAAAGGAGUGAUGUUUGAGGUUCUGCUCAAUGAUGAAGGGACACGGGACCAAGGAGAGAAAGGAGAGGAAGAUGAGGAAGAUGUGGUGAAAGAGCCAGCUGAAAAAGAAGACGAGGAGGACGACCCGUUGAACAGAACCCUGACCUUUCAGGCUGGAGAGGAGCUGAGACAGAGGCACCGGGCUGGGGCAGGGGACAGGGUGACAGAAGGGGAGGGGGCCAGGAAAGGCUGGGGUCAGGGCGCGCCCCAAACGCUACUCAACGUCCUUGCCGAAAUGGAGGUGUCCUCUGUCUGCCCCACCAUGCUUGGGGUUGAUCUUGGAGCAGGGCAAGAGGACGGGGAGGUGGGGGGAGUGAGGAGACAUUGGGGUAACGGUCCUCCAAACACCCUGCUAAAGGCCCUGGGACAGCUGGACCUCACCUCUACCCUGGACCCUGAGCCCGCAGAGGUUCUGACCCCCCAGCUUGCAGAGGACGAGCCUCAGGAUGAGGAGGAUGAGGAAGAUGACCUUGAUAUAGACCUGGAUGAAAAGCGGUUGGAGCCCAGAUCAGAUGACGAUGACACAAACUUUGAGGAGUCUGAAGAUGAGCUGAGAGAAGAAGUAGCAGAAUCCAUGAUUAACCUCUUCUGCUGGGAGGAGGAGGGAGAGAAGAAUGGAGAUGGAGGGAUGGAUGAAAGAAAAAUAGGAGAGGGGGAGAAAGGGGAUAAGGUGGAUGGGGAGGAGGAUCCGGGCGCACAGCGAGGGUGCGCAGCAGCCGAGGCCGAGGAAGACAGCACUUCGGACACCUCCGCUCAGGGACCCCAGACUGAAAGCCGCACACAGGCUGCGGAGUGUGAGGCUGGGGAGACACAGGCAGGCGAGGCCCAGGCUGCAGGGGAAGACCAGGCCGAGGCUGGGAAAGCCCCUGAAGAGAAGCAGGACACCGAGUAGAUCAGAUAUUCAAUGUCUCCAUGAAAUAGUAGCUGUCUGAGUUCUGUCAGCAGAGGCAUCAGUGGAAAUGAGUUAAAGGUCAAUUCUGGACUCAUAUAAGGAAGUAUUUUUGCACAGAGUUGUCAAUGUGUGGAAUAGCUUGCCAGGCCAUGUAGCAAAGGCAGAGUAGAACAGUAGAGUAGAGACAGAGACUCUUGGGCUGUUCAAGCCCAGGCUUGAUGCAGUGUUGGAUGCCCUCUAGUCUGUAGGUAAAUGAGGAGCCUAGGUGGGCAGAAUGGCCUGCUUCUGUUACGUAUUAUGUACUUAUAUGAAGGUGAGGUUUUGAAGGUACCUAAAUGAGAGCUCAGGAAUAGGACAAACUUAAGGACCAACUUUCUCCUUUUUCAAAGCCAUAUAAUAAGGUAAUAUUUAAAUAACUUUUUAGGUCACGCCGAGCAUUCUAAACAUGCUAUUUUAAUCAUACUCUGAAAUACUGUUAAUUUAGGGUCAUGUACCUGUCUUACUCUUGUAGAGAACGUUUAUUUAUUUUCGCCACGAAGUGGUCCCUACGCACACACACACGCUGAAUGAAAUCUAUCUGUUGUGAAAAAUGUAGUGUCCUUUUCCUUGACUUUUAAACACUCAUCAUGCGUGUCAUAUUGAUAUUUCAUCAAUAUGAUUUAUUCAUUCAUGCAAGAUAAAUUCGCACAAAUUCACAUGGUAAUCAGAAGCCUAUCAUUCAGUCAUCAGGACCAUAUUAUGAUCUGUGUUAAGGCUUCUUGGUACGUAUGGUCCACUGGCUUUAUAUGGUUACAUUUCCAGUUGUGACACAUUUUUACAUCUGCUUUCAGUUUCUAAGAAUCAGACCAGACAAAGACAGCAAACCCAGUGAACAUUUUUGUGGUGAAAAGUCGGUGAAAUACCGUCUAGAAAUUCAGGUGAAAACCCAGCUACAUUUUGAUGAAAAGUGAAAGUUUUCUAGCCAACUAGGAUGUAGCCAGGCUAUGUCCAGGGAAAACCGGAGCUGUUUUUGGGCUAAACUAGUCUGUUUAUGUCAGUCUCUCCGAGAUUUCCUCUCUCGACGUCUAGAUUACGGCUUUUGCUCACUGGGAAGACAAAUGCCUGGAUUCAAUCAUCUUGUGCCCUUAAAGGGUAAGCACCACAUAAUGGCAUCCCCCAAAGAUGUUUUAGUCUUGAGGUUUUUCAUUAAAUUGAUCAUUCCUAAGAUUGUUGAAAAAAGGAGUCGGGGCAAAAACAGUAAGCCAUUUUAUCUUUUAGGGCUUAUUUCCUGCCUUUAUGUCAAUAAAAUUAUUUUUUGAACAUUGUGAAUCAUAAAAUAGAACAGCUUCAUCCAUUUGGCUGGUGUAUUUGAAAAAUAAUAUCUGGUGCUUACCCUUAAACUUUGACUCACAAAUGCAACAAAUAAAAGUGGCUGUUCUGGUGACUCAGUCAGGAGAUACAAUUAUGGAUUCCGAAUUUGGGAAGAAAAAGGGGAGAUGUUUUUUAAAAAAAUAAAACAAGACACUUUAUAUGUACAAGUGUGAUUCAUAGUAACAUAAAACAUUGUUUCAUAUGUGCACAUAGAAAAAAGUAAUUUACAUUCAUUUACAAAUUUACAUUUUGAAUGUGUGAAACUUCAUAAUGGUGUGCAUAUUUUGCCUUCCUCUGUAAAGGGAAAUAGUACCCCAGUUUUUAAAUAUUGGUAGCUUUUGUUUUUCUUUGUAUCAGGGAUCUCACCUUCAUUGCAUUAUCAGAGUCUCUAGCUUAGCCAGUUAGCCACCAGAUCCAGAGGCAGUUAGAGUCCCUGGGUAGUAAACAUUAUGCGGAGGGUCCUGAUUGCUAGUUUAUCCAUUUAUUCCUAAAAGAGGGGUUUGUGUGAUAAUUAUACCAUGCAUUUGGAACAUAUGGAAAAUGUAAUCUGUGUAAAUUCUCACCAGAUUGCAGAUAAUAUUUAGCCCUUCUUAGAUCAGAGGAAAGUUGAGUCAAACACACGAAUGGAGAAUGGAGAGCUACAGCAGUGCUGUUAAUUCAGUUUUAUACAGAAAUUUGAUUCCCACUUUCCAUUUCCUAAUCUCUAAUUAUCAACACCCUUUGAGGAUUUAUCACAUGCUGAAAAUGCUCAGAUUUCACUGAUAAAAAUGAUAACCUAAGCUAAAUGUGUUUAAUGUCCAUACAGUGUGAAAAAUAUGCUUUGUGUUUAUGUAUUUAUAUUUUGCUGAAUGUCCAGAAUGUCGUUGUCAUUAUGCAUGUUUUAUCCUGUAAGGGAACUUAAUGAACAAGGGAUGAUGCUUUGAUGCUCUUUUGUAUGUAGUUAAAAACACAUCAGCUCUGAAGUUAUCAGGGCUGGACUAUUGCUGGAAAAGAAACUUUCAAGUGUAAUGCCUUGCACAAGUAAUAGUUCAGGCCUGUUUUGCAUUUCUCAAGAAUAGUGCAAUUCUGAGACGUGGCCACAAGGUUGUGCUAAAGAUUUGAAUUUGUUACGUGGAUUCUUGUUUAUUAGAAAAAUAUAUUUAGUAAUGGUU